AUGGCUCGCCGAAUCUUGGAUUCGAUGCUCCUCAGCGAGGCCGUCGCACCGUUCUCUCACGAAAUUUUGACGACAUUCUUAGCAGAAGUAACUGCCAUCAUAAACUGCAGGCCCUUAGUCCCUGUAUCUUCGGACCCCGAAUGUCCCUCAGUUCUCACCCCGGCAAUGAUUUUGACACAGAAACCGUCACCACCAACGGCACCAGCAGGAGAGUUCAAAAGUCUCCACGUCAAGCAGUGGAGACAAGUACAGGCUCUGGCCAACACGUUCUGGCACCGAAGGAGGAAUGAGUACCUACUCAGCCUCCAAAGUCGUCGCAAAUGGCUAACCGACCAACGUAAUCUUACGGUCGGCGACGUUGUCCUAUUGAAGGACGCGAAAAGCAGACGACAUGAGUGGCACAUGGGAAGAAUCAACGCUGUGUACCCAGGAAAAGAUGGAAAGGUGCGGAACGUUCAAGUACAGACGGCCCAAGACAGAAAGAAGAAAACCUUCGAGCGGCCAGUCUCCGGUCUAGUUCUGUUGUCGUCGGAGCAGGGCCUGUAG